AUGAGAUUCUGGGCAGAGAGUGAUCCCAAACAGCUUUUCUUGGAAUCAUCCCUUGUUUCUAAUUCUAUCCUCAGGGGCCUGUCGGUAGUGUUGCUUCCUAGCCAGGAGUCAAAAGCUUUUUGUGUUUUGUGGGGUUCACAGGAGGGAGGCAGGGCUGGAGGAGACAGGGGCUGGGGUGGCAGGGUACUUGCACAAAUCCUUCGCUUUGCAAUGUGCUGCUCUGUGUGCGAGUGUGCUGAAGAGCUCGGGGGUGAUUUACAAUGGACUUCUUUAAGACCCAAAGAGCAUCCACUGGGUAUUGACAAAACCCUUCUUUCUGGAUCCACAAGGAAGUGCUAA